GGUAACCUCGUUCUAAAUUCUGUCUUCCUUCAUGGGGAUCUCGCUGCCAGACCAUACCGAGCUCCGGACUUCAGAGAUGCCCUCAAGGGCAUCAUUGAUCUAAAGGAUAUAAUCGCCAUGGGACAGUACCAAAUGUCUCAUGUGUGGAUGGUCCAGUGUGUGACUUCGCUUGCAAAAGCAAAGCACGUCGCAUGUGAAGACCUGAAGGUGAAAGGACGGAAAUGUCUCGUUGUUGAUCCAGAGACAAAGGAGGUGAAGAUCAGACUGCUUUGGUUACCACCUUAUAUGGAAAACCGAAGAAUCGUUGAAGCGAUGGAACCCUACGGCACAGUACGCUCCGUAGUGCGAGAAAAGUGGAGAUGUGAAGGAAUGGAGGACAUGGAAACCCUCAACCGUGAAGUACAACUGACCCUUCGAGACGACACUAACGUGAACAAGAUUCCACACCUGAUGACCAUCUUCGGGUGCCAGAGCUUGCUUUUUAUCUCAGGUCGGCCUCCUUUGUGCCUACGAUGCCAUCGAGUGGGCCACAUCCGCCGCCAUUGCCGGACUCCCUGGUGUGCGAAAUGCCGACGGUACGGGCAUAAACCGGAGGACUGCGUCAUGACCUACGCUGACAGGCUGAGGUUGGGGACAACUGAAGAAUCAACAACAGAGAACCUCAUGGAUGUAAGCGAAGUCGUUGACCCUAAUGGCGACGUCUCUGCAGUGGCAGCAGCCCUGGACGGUGGGUCUCAAUCGGCCUCCGGAAAACCGGUUGUGCCAGAGAACCUCACGUCGACCACCACCUCUAGCGACGACCCAAUAAUCACCGUUUCGCCUGCAACCGAAAACAGCACCCCGACAAACCCCGCGACUCCAACAAAUAGGGACGCCUUCAUGAACGAAAAACAGUGCGAAACAACCACCGAGGCUAACCUGGAAGACACCGAAACGGAGGAAAACGAUGAGGUACCGGACCCAAUUCUUGAACUAGAAGCGCUUACCAACGUGGGAUUAAAUGACGACCUUAUAACUAGAGCAAAGCACUAUGAAAAGAGACUGGGCGCUUUUCGACAUAAGCAGUAUUCAAAGACGCUCCCUGGCGCCAAGCUUGUUGAAGACAAGCAAACGGGCGAUAACGCCCGACCAUAA